CUUGCGCGGAGGGAUAGGUUGUAUUCGAUGUCUCAGAAUGGUGACGGUGAUGCUACAAGACUCAUCGUGAUGAUAUCACCACCUCAGCCAUCACAGCCCACGGGUGAGAGCUUUAAGUCCCCCACCACCCCGCAAUGUAGAUAGUCCAGCACCGCAUGCGGCAAACCACGCAUAAUGUCCACCGAUGCCACCACCGCCAAUAGCAACUUCGCAAUUCUACGCGAAUGCAUGUCCGCGCCGAUAAUCCUUCGUGCCGCGCCGCCCGACGCGUCCAGCGGCGGCGCCGGCAAGAAGCGGACCAAACACAAGCCCGUCUCCGACCCCAUCAGCGUCGGCAACGGGGAUGACGCGGAGGAGCUCGCGGAGUUUAUCGACUACCUAAGCACGGAGCUAUUCAGCUCGCUGCCUCCGCCGCUACAGACCAUGAGCCACUCCUCGCCCGCGUCUUUGCCAACGCCCAACUUCCCGCCGACGCUGCUGGACACGCUGGAGUCAUACUCGCUCGUCGGCAGCGCAUCAUCGGGCACCACGCUGCUGCAGAGCAUACUCGACGAGUACGUGGCGGCGGCGCAAGCACCACCACCGGUAUGGAGCCACACACGCGCCACGGAGUGCGAGAUCUGUGAGCGCGACGUGCCGCUGACCUACCAUCACCUCAUCCCGAGGGAGGUGCAUAAGAAGGUCAUCAAGCGCGGCUGGCAUAACGAGGAUAUGCUCGGCUCCGUCGCCUGGCUGUGUAGGCCUUGCCAUAGUAUGGUGCAUAGGAUCGCGACGAAUGAGGAGCUCGCGAGGAGCUUUCAUACUGUCGAGUUGUUGGUUGAGAGGGAGGAUGUGAAGAAGUGGGCUACUUGGGUGGGGAGGCAGAAGUGGGGGGUUAGGAGGGGUUAGGAGGGGGUAGGGGGCGGUUUUGGGUUGGAUUGCGGAUGAGUGGGGAUGGGAGAAUUGGAGGGCAUUCACAGUUAAGUGCUAUCGAAACAGAAAUUCACGAGAAAAGCUGAGGUUCCCAGUGAGUCAUGCAGAACUCGGGAUGGCCCGAUAUUGUCACCUUGAUGCUAGAAGUAAAAUCGAUUCAUAUAAUACACUACGUUUUACAAGCU